UAGUGCCUCCCCGGUUCAGUGCCGAGGCGUGCGUGUGUGAGAAAGGGUGUGUACAGUGCUAUGGUAGGGAGGUGUGCUGGGUGGGGUCUACAUUACGAGUGCUUUAUAAGCUUUUGAUUGGUUGAGGGGCAUAAGCUUAUGUCGGAGUGUGGCUUCCUUUGCACACUCAGCGCGUCAGCAGCCUUCAUGGGACAGCAGCAUUCAGUAGUCAACAUCUUGCCGGCUUCAGUCACCGCUUCAGCGUCACGUUCUGCUAUUGUCUCUGCGCUGCCUCCUGAUAUUUAAUGCCAAAAAAGCACCUCGAGGCCUGACGAUGAAUAUGAAGCGGGUGAUAAGCAAUGGUGCUGGGAUGCCUGACGUAGAGGGCGAGGGGGGCACUCCAGCUGGUGAGCGUGACGCGGGGCCUCCACCCAGCUCUCACCAGUACCAGGGAGAGGAGACACUUGCACCAGGAAGCUUGGACACGGAGGAGGAGGAGGAGGAGGAGGGGAAGAGUGUGGGUGUAGAGGCUACUGUGCCUUCCCCGCCCACCACCACCACCACCUCACAGCUGUUCUCCGCCAAGAUCAUGCUGGCCUGUAAACUGUCCCUGCUCUUCCUGGCGCUGGUUAUCGUGGUGCAAAGCAGUUCGUGGGCAAUAUCAUCCAAAGGCAGAGGACCACUGAUACGCAAAACAUCGUCCCCACAACCAUUCUUCCCACAACACUCCUUGGUGACCGACUUUUACACUGGGGAUGUGGAGGGACUCACUGAGCGGCUGCUAGCAGCAGACCUCUCACUGGUGGUGUACUAUGCACCAUGGGACCGUGCCUCACAGACGCUGCGCUGGGAGGUGGAGCGUGCAGCACAGUACCACCAUGAGCAGAUCUACUUUGCUGCAAUCAACUGCUGGCAGCCAGGCUCAGAGUGCAAGUCCAGGUAUAAGAUCCGCAAGUUUCCAGCAAUAGUUUUACAUGUUCGCACUUCCUCUGGAAUGGAAACCAAGGCGCUGGCAUAUGGUGGACUCCCAGAAGCUGCCCAUCUCAUACGUUUCCUCUCUCGCUGCUUGCGCCCACUGACCCACAUUGCCGCCCAUGCUGAUCUUCCCAGGCUACAGAUUGACCACAGUGCUGUGGUGCUUGGCUACUUCGACUUCACCUCCACCCUGGUGCCUCGAGGCUUCACAUCAUACUACCUGGCAGCACUGCGGUGGCUGCAGCAUGAACCAGCUGGUGCUGUGGCCUGGGGUGUGGUGACCAAUCCUCAGGUGGCACAAGCCUUUACCCUCAAUGCCUCUCAGUCCAUCCACCUGGUGCUCUGGAACACUACAUUGGCAUUCAGCGAUGCAGGUUCAUCAGACAGUGAAGGCAUCAGCAACUGGGUAGCCAAGCGUCUAGAUGAGACGGCCUCGUGGCUUCACUUCUCAGGCGACAAGAGUCAGGUGAUGAGCAGAGCAACACAGGAAGGCCCCACCUUGCUGCUCUUCUCUCCUGACAACCCCUACCGCACCACCAAUGAUCCUUUCACCCUGCUGAGAGAACUUUCCCUGGAGUACUUCAACUGCAACCAGUCCAGUAGAGUGUCUACACUGGCCCGCUACCUUGGGACGUCACGGUCCAGGGGCCGCACACUUCAGAGGAAGGUGGAGAAGGCCUGCCACUCCUACCUGGUAGAGCACCUGCAUAUGUUGCAUCUCUCACAGCAACACCACACUUCUGAAGCUGAAAGGUGCUGUCAUGGCUGGGAGACAGGAGGGGAGUGUACUCCUGCAUCAGAGGGAGGCACUGUCAUCCAGGAGUGUGCCAAUCCUAACCUUCAAGUUCGGGCCAACUUGCUUCAGCACGUCAAGAGUCUGAUGAUGGUGCUGAGCGACUCCUGCCGUGAGAUGGUCCUGCAGUACAGCCCCUGGAAGGAUUCCUCACUGUGCUGCCAUGAGGCCAACACCUCCUCCUCCUCCAGCACCCCCACAGUGCCACACAUUUCCAUGACCAAGACCCAUGCAGGGGAGAAGACUAGAAAAGCUGGCCAACAAGAUGACCACAUAGAGAGACUGCAAGUCCUGGCAGGGGAAGAUCAGUGUAAAAGACUGUUCCAGGGAUCCCUGCUUGGCCCUGUGCCUUUCAUCAGGGACCAAAAUUCACCUCUGGACAUAACAGGCUUGGGAUGCAGGACAAACAAGACUCUCUCCUUCCUGGCGGUGGAUUCCCUGCACCACCAGGACAUGGCCAACAGACUCGGGGUGAACCUCUCUUCCCGUGACCCGCCCAACACUGCUGCAGUCAUUGUGGACGUGGAGAGAGAGGCACACUUCAUCCUGGAUGCCAGCCUGUCCAAGCACACUCUGGCAGCCUUCAUCCUCAACUACACUCAUGGACUUCUUGACAGAACCUUGGUGAGUGGGAAAAAAGAAAUGACACACUGUGAUACUUCUCAAAUGUGCAUCCAGGAACUGACAGCAGAAAAUUACUUCAAGGUCACUCAGCAGACUGGCAAGACCGUGGUGGUGCUGCACUACAAUAGUAACUGUGUGGCCUGCAGCAGCAUAGGUCACACAUUCCUGACAGUGGCCCACACAAUGCACCACAUACCUGAUGUCACCUUUGCCCGGAUCAAUGCGGUGGGGAACACACUGCCAUGGCACCUGCACUUCACCAGCCUACCUACCAUCAUUGUCCAUCCUCCCUUCAGGAAGUCUGAGAGUCGAGUGUUCGAUCUCACCCACCCCAUAACUCCAGCCAGCGUGAUAUCCUUCAUCAUGGCCGACCUGGGGCCCAGACACCGCCUCACUCUAGCACUCCAUGCCUGUGGGGAGCAGUGCCAGGAAGGAGUGCUACAUGAGGCUGCCAUUGCUUCUACCACACUCCAGCAUAACAUCACAGUCUCCACUUUGAGGCUUCAGCGAGUUCUCGAGAGACUAGUGAAGGCUGUCCCUUCCUCACAAGCAGCCACUGACUUGCACGAGCAUGAGCAACGUCACUAUGAGCGUCUGCGGCGUGCCAAGACCCGCCUCAUGAAGGAUAUCAAGACGCAGAGGAAGAAGCUGGAGCACCUGAAUCACAUCCAGAAGCUGCUGUCCAGGCCACUCAAUCAGGAGGCUCUGGAUAGCAUGCGGGUAGAAUCAUUUAAUUACCUUAUGGAAAAGCUCUCUGCGGAUCCCUCCUCCUCCUCCUCCUCCUCCUCCUCCUCCUCCUCCUCCUCCUCCUCCUCCUCCUCCCAAGAACCUUCUAACUCUGAUACAGCCCAUGAAGAAUUAUAGGGGAGGGAGGCCUUAGGGUUACAAGUGCUGGAGCCUUUUCCUGUGAUACACUUAUUUAUAGAGAAACUGUAUAGGUGGGAAUACACACUCAUGCACUCAUCCUAAAACACACACACACACACACACACACACACACACACACACACACACACACACACACACACACACACACACACACACACACACACACACACACGUGCCUCAUGUAUCAUCCCCUCAUCAUGAAGUGUUUUGUUAUGGAGACUUGCAUCGUAUCCUGAAGACUAUGAGCUUUUAUUGUGAUGUAUUAAAUGUGGACUUGAA